UGUCUGCUUUUGUCAACGACAACCAGGCGAGUCAGACAGUCGAUCCGUUUGGUUUGCCUGUGGUGCUAGCCAGCCAGCCAGCAACAACCAACCGCCUGAAUGUAGAUCCGCAUGGGCUACUACUACUCUAUCUCUCCGAAUAACCCAGCGGAAUCAUAAGAUAAGGAUCCCAGGAUGGUGUUAGUGCAUGUCGGAUAUCUGGUUCUUCCCGUAUUCGGCUCAGUAAGAAACAGAGGAUCCCAUUUCAACCGGCAACAGCAACAGCAGCAGCAGCAGCAGCAGCACAGCCAUGCUACCUCUUGCCGGCACUUCCAGUUAGGUCCUCAGGCUCCGCUGCCCAUGGACUUCCCCAUGCCCCACCCAGGGCAGCCACAGUCAGGCAUUAACCCCCACCUGGCCCCUCCCGGCCACCAGCAUGGCCCUCCGCUCCACCCACCCCUCAAUCCCCUGCCCGCUCCCCAGUUCCAGGACAUCCCUGCCCCUCCCUUCCUACCUCAGGCAUUACACCAGCAAUACCUCCUCCAGCAGCAGAUCCUCGAGGCCCAGCACCGACACAUCCUGCCACCCUCCAGUAGACGCACCCCAGAGAGAGUUCCUCACCAGCCCCACAGAUUGCGGCCCGGGUACGAGUUUGCUCCCCCACUUCAUGUCCCCCCUCAGCCUGUGGUGCAGCAGCCACGCUACCUGGCUGAGGGCACAGACUGGGACCUAAGUGUAGAUGCUGGACUGCCCCCCCACCAGUAUCACAUCCAUCCGCUGCCGCAGCACUAUCAGCACUACUUGACCUCUCCUAGGAUGCACCACUUCCCAAGAAACAAUGCCUCAACACAAGUGGUUGUCCAUGAGAUCAGAAACUACCCAUAUCCCCAGCUGCACUUGCUGGCUCUGCAGAGUCUCAACCCCUCCCGCCAUGCAUCUGCUGUUAGAGAGAGCUACGAGGAGCUUCUGCAGCUGGAAGACAGACUGGGCAGUGUCAACCGUGGGGCGGUCCAAACCACCAUAGAGAGAUUCACUUUUCCCCAUAAGUACAAAAAGAGAAUACCCCAGGACUUGAAGAUGUGUCUGGAUGAUGAGGAGCUGGACACAGAUGAGAAGUGUACCAUCUGUCUGUCAAUGCUGGAGGAUGGAGAGGAUGUCAGGAGAUUACCCUGCAUGCACCUCUUCCACCAGGCGUGUGUGGACCAGUGGCUGGCCACCAGCAGGAAAUGCCCCAUCUGCAGAGUGGACAUUGAGACCCAGUUGACCCCCGACAGUUGAUAGCUCCUGUCGACUCCUGCAGCUUUGGAUCUGGUCUUGUGAAUUCUCCAUUGCCUACCCUCUGUGGGGAGGCUCUGCCAAACAUCCCUCUUCCCCUCUGCAUCACUCAACGAGCCUGCCUAGUGAGACAGCUGUGACAGAGGGAUCAACAAAGCACACUCACCUACAACACAACGAGGGACGGGGGUUGAUGCACAGAUAAGUGGCUGGACUGAAGGUUGGUUGAAUGGACUUCACUGGAUGUAAACGGUAGGAGCGGACACGUAUGGACAGAUGUGCUGAGGCUUUACAAGAUUCUGUGUACCCUGCGUACAUUUCUCCAUACAGCCACCAAGAAAGAGAGAACACUGACUACCAACCUCCCCAGCUCAGUGUGGUGUAUUAAGGCCAUUUCUCUGCCACAACACCCAAACCCUUUCCCCCAGGCCUGUGAAAAAUCCUUUAAGCUGCACUCUGCCCAAGCCCUCAGCACAUCUGUACAGAACAUUAUCAAAUGAUUAGCAUGAGGUUGUUUGGUGUGAACUCUUGUAGCUGAACGCUUGUGGUGUAAUGGAGUAUAGUACUGAAUAAGUAUUUACAGAGUAACAGUGUUGUGUAGCAAGCAAAAGCCUUUUGAGAAAUAUGUUUGUGAAAAAUAAACCUACAGAGAGGGUGAAUACAGCUCUAACAGUGAGAAUAUUCAGUGUGUUAAAUCAUAGGUAAA